CGAAAGAAAGUGGCUGGGAGGGAAAGAUAUGUAUUCCGUGUGAAUGUAAAUCUGAGUAAAACGACAACAAAUACAAAGGUCUACACAGAGCUGGACACAAGUGGAAUUGAAUUCAAAGACAAAUGCAGUUGAACAUACCGCAAACCCUGGUGAUGUAAAUUAUGUAACAAGCAAGAAAAUUUCGUGCCGAUAGAAGAAAAAAGUGGUUAGUCUGCAAUUUAAAGACAGGAUUUUACUCUCAGGUUUUACGUUUUCCUUGAGACUCACGAGUUAUUUCCUCCUGUGUGUGCGGGCCGCCGAGCGUACAUGCUAGUAGGAUGAAUGUCGGCACAGCGCACAGCGAGGUGAACCCAAACACGAGGGUGAUGAACAGCAGGGGCAUCUGGCUGUCCUAUGUCCUGGGCAUCGGCCUGCUACAUGUCAUCCUGCUCAGCAUCCCCUUCGCCACCGUGCCGGUGGUCUGGACCCUCACCAACCUCAUCCACAAUAUGUGCAUGUACAUCUUUCUGCACACGGUGAAAGGGACCCCUUUUGAGACGCCGGACCAGGGCAAGGCGCGUCUCCUCACGCACUGGGAGCAGAUGGAUUAUGGUGUGCAGUUCACUGCCUCCCGCAAGUUCCUCACCAUCACGCCCAUCAUCCUGUACUUUCUCACCAGCUUCUACACAAAGUACGACCGGGUCCACUUUGUCAUCAAUACAGUGUCCCUGCUGACUGUCCUCAUUCCUAAACUUCCUCAGCUGCAUGGAGUGAGGCUUUUCGGGAUCAACAAAUACUGAUGUCCAGAAGCAGGAGCCUCACUGCCUUGUUCAUCUCCUAGUUGCUCAUCCAUGUCUACCCUAGUCUGCGACCCCCAUGCAUCAGUCCAGUAAUGCCAUGUGCCCAGGAUGGGCCCAUGUUUUUGUGGUGCC